GGCUAUGAAUUCCGCGAUGCUGUGGACGGCCAGGAAGGGGUCCGUAUGUUCGAGUCAGAAGAGCGUUUCGAUGUCAUUUUACUCGACUUGUCCAUGCCAAUCCUGGACGGCGUCGGAGCUACUGUCGCGAUCAGAGGCAUUGAAGCGAUGCGCUCUGAAAAAGACCACCCUGCUCGUAUACUAGCGCUGACCGGCAUGUCUUCCCUCGAGGACAAAAGAAGAGCAUUCGAGGCCGGUGUUGAUGGAUAUCUCGUUAAGCCCGUCGCAUUCAAGACUUUAACUGAGAUGUUCAGUCAACUUGGAAUACCAUGACACUCACCGUACUAUACUAUAGAUUUCGCACCGUCGAGGCCCGCGUUUGCCGGCUCGCCUCGUCGCUCUCUGCCACUAACUCGUUCAUCUUACAUCUGAUCGCAUCCUGCGCGCUGUCGUCUAUUUUACUCUCUGUCGCUGUCUGCAGGUUCCCUGCACCGUCCCGCUCUACACGCCCGGUAUCUUCCUUCUUUCCUUCGUCUGUCUGUCCCUCUCGCACUCUUGCUCUGCACCUCGAUCUUCUCCCCUUGCAUCUCCCCGGUCACUUGUAGCGCUCUAGUUAUCAUAUCCGUAUCUCACCCCUCUUUUUAAUCAUCUCUCGUCAUGUUUAGGUGUACGAUCGUUCCUGUUGCUGCUCGUAUUUGUGUGUACCUUUUCCAAGUUUUGUAGCCUAUCUUUUGCGCGCGUAGGAAUCGCGGGGGAAUC